AUGGCCAUUCACACGGAGAUUCAGCUGAAUGAUGUUAUUGGAAACACAAUAAGAAUGCAACUGAAUACCAUUCUCACAAAUAUGCUUCAUAGACAAUUAGCCGAAGCAGUGUCCCAGUUUUCUGUUACGGAGUUGAUGAAAAACAAGGACGAAGACUUACGUGCGAAAGCUAAAGAGCAUUCUUCUCGUGCCAACAAACUGGUGGAUUCUUUAUUGUGUACCGCUAAAGACUAUUUGGUGGCAAGAAACUUUAGAUCUAUUGAAACUCCAUGUUUCGAUGUUGUGUAUCGAGGAAAACUUUCUGGAGUAUGUCAGGGGGUGAUGCGAACUGGAACAGGUUACAUACAGGACCUUUCCACCUUGAGCAGACCCCAGGAUUUGAGUUUGUUUGAAGACACACAGAAGCUUGUUGUUUACGGAAGUUUGAGUCUGAGAGAAAUGAAGCAUGGUUAUGAACACUACACCAGUUAUUUCGAAGACACUCAAAUUAGUGGAAGUGUUAGGACGACCGUUUAUGAAAACAAAAUAUUCAUCAAAUUGUCUGUACAGAAAGGAGGAGAAUACUGCAAAACCCAAUUGGAAAAUGUCCAAGUGAGCACAGUGAA